UCAAUAUAUAACUAAGAAGAACCUCACAAACGAGGUUAAUCACCAACCUCAUUGCUCUGGAGUCUACCAGAACCUUGUAUUUCUCCACCACUCCCAUUCAUUCACCGCCACCGGUCUCCAUGCAGAGACCAAUGCCGGAGGGACCGGGGCCCACCAUCAUUGCCAUAAGUGCCGGCCGGAACAGCCCACACGCCGUCAAAUGGGCAGUGGAACACCUUCUCAACAAAAACUCCUCUUGCACCCUCAUUCAUGUCCGUACCAAGUCCAUCUAUCCUCAUGAUGCUGAUCAUGUCCUUAAACAUGGUCGUCCCCCAACUAUGGAAGAAUUGCACCAGCUCUUUCUUCCCUUCCGAGGAUUCUGUGCUCGAAAAGGGAUUGAAGCAAAGGAGUUGGUCCUGGAUGACAUUGAUGUUCCGGGCGCCCUUACUGAAUAUGUCAUUCAAAACUGUAUCACCGAUGUUGUUGUUGGUGCUCAUGCUUCCAAUUGGAGUGCUCUAUUAAGGAGAUUUAAAGAUGCAGAUGUGGCAAGCAGCUUAGCAAAAUCUUUGCCUAUGUCAUGCACAUUACAUGUUAUAUCAAAAGGAAAAGUACAAAAUGUGAGACCAACAGGUCCUCUAAGAGACAUAGUCACGCUCUUGGAAAACACUCCAAUGGUUCAUCCAAACAAGUUUCUUGCCGAUGAUCCGGAUUCUGAAGCUAUAAACAGAAGAACAUUCAAAGACGCUACCGGGCAAGACUCACACAAUGUUUUGGAAUCUUUACGCGAAAUAAAAGAUGUUAUACUAACAACAUCAAGUAAGUCCCAUGAAGAUACCAAUUCACCAAGAGGUCCAAUACUAUCAGCAGGAAACUCCUCAUCAUUAAACUCCUCAAAUCGGAGCUCUCCUUCCAACAGUAGUGACAGUUCAGGAAAAUUUAGCCUUCAUUUGACUGACACUUCAUAUGAAAUAGUUGCAAACAAAGACACCUCUAACUGCAUCCCUUCUUCAAAACCCCUAAUAAGCUUGGAGGCAGAAAUGAAGAAAUUAAAACUAGAACUGAAGAAAACAACUCAGCAGUAUGGUUUAGCUUGCAAAGAAGCAGCUUUAGCUAAACUGAAGGCGAAGGAGCUUGAAAAAUUUAAGCAAGCUAAAGGACGCAAUGUAGAAAAAGCUAAGCUUGCUGAAGAGGCUGCAUUGACUCUAGCAGAGGUAGAGAGGCAGAAAGCCAAGGCGGCUUUGGAGUCGGCAGAGGUGUCGCAGCGCCUGGCACAAUUGGAAAUAGAAAAGAGAAAGCAAGCGGAAAUAAUAGCCAGACGUGAGGAAGAAGAGAGGAUGAAAGUACUGCAAGAAGCCAUAUGUAAUAGUCUUGCAUAUAGAAGAUACAAUAUUAAAGAAAUUGAAUCAGCAACUAAUGGCUUCGACAAUGAUCUCAAAAUUGGUGAAGGGGGAUAUGGACCAGUUUUCAGAGCAACGCUUGAUCACACUGUUGUAGCCAUUAAGGUUGUGAGACCAGACUUAGCUCAUGGAGAGAGGCAAUUUCAACAAGAGGUUCUUGUGUUGAGCACCAUAAGACAUCCAAGCAUGGUUCUCCUCCUCGGCGCGUGCCCGGAGUUCGGGUGCCUGGUGUACGAGUACAUGGAAAACGGGAGCUUAGAAGAUCGUCUGUUCCAGAAAGACAACACUCCACCAAUUCCAAGUAAAACUCGUUUCAAGAUAGCAACAGAGAUCGCUGCAGGCCUUCUCUUCCUCCACCAGAGAAAGCCAGAGCCACUAGUUCACCGUGACCUGAAACCCGCAAACAUUCUCCUAGACAGAAACUACGUGAGCAAGAUUAGCGACGUGGGCUUAGCAAGACUCGUCCCGCCUUCCGUCGCCAACAAAACCACCCAGUAUCGCAUGACCGGUGCCGCCGGAACGUUUUGCUACAUCGACCCGGAGUAUCAGAAAACGGGGUUGUUGGGUGUGAAAUCAGAUAUAUAUUCGUUUGGUGUGGUGCUGUUGCAGAUUAUCACAGCGAAGGCUCCAAUGGGUUUGUCGCAUUUGGUGGAGGAAGCGAUUGAGGAUGGGAGUUUCAGAGAGAUUCUUGAUCCGACGGUGGAUUGGCCAGUGGAAGAGGCUAUGGAGUUUGCUAAGUUGGGGUUGAAGUGUUGUGAGUUGAGACGACGUGACAGGCCUGAUCUUAGGACUGUUGUUCUGCCGGAGCUGAGUCGAAUAUCACGGAUGUGGGACUCGGAGUAAAGCUCUCUAUGUAUUUUUGAAACAAGUAAUUUACAAAUGGCGACGACAAUAAUGAAACUAAUCUUACCAAGACUCAAAUAUCACAUUAAGGACAGGUAAA